AUGUCCAAGCGAAGUGCUGGACUCAAGACUCUUAACAAGAAGCAUCUCAGCACGUCGAAAUCGAAUGCUGCGACUCGGAAAGGAAAGUCGAGCACUCAUGAUACUCGUGACACCGCUGGGAAGGGCUUCGGUCGCAGUAAUGCGACCGUAAGGCGUCUGGCGAUGUACAAUGAGAAACCCGACGUGGAGAAGAUGAAUGCCACUCCGGCUGAGCCGGUAGUGCGAAUUGAGCCAAGUCGAAAGUGGUUCAAUAACACGCGCGUGGUGACGCAGGGUAAGUUGGAGCAAUUCCGCCAGACCUUGGCCAAGUCGAAGGAGAACCCCCGCUCCGUUUUGGUGAAGGCAACGAAGCUGCCGGUCUCCUUGUUCGACCAUUCAGGCGAGGUUUCGCACAAGCGUGCGGCGAAUUUGUUGACGGUCUCCCCGUAUUCUGAGACCUUUUCGUCGUCGCGUCGGCAGAAGCGGGCGAAUGUGGGUACGUCGGACUUGGCGGAGCUGGCAGAGAGGGCGAAACGGAACCACGCAGAGUACGAAGAGACGAAGGUUCAGCGGGAUUAUUCUCUGACUGAGGAUUUGCGGGAGGAGGAAUACAAGAGCCAGGUGGAGGCGGUGAUGUUGAAGGGCACUAGCAAGCGCAUUUGGGGCGAGCUAUAUAAGGUGGUGGACUCGAGUGACGUGUUGGUGCAGGUGUUGGACAUUCGGGACCCGAUGGGUACUCGAUGCUACCACUUGGAGAAGCACAUUAAGCGGGACCGGCCUUUCAAGCACCUUAUUUUGCUGCUGAACAAGUGCGAUUUGGUGCCCACCUGGGUCACGGAGAAGUGGAUUAAGAUCUUGAGCAAAGAUUUCCCAACCGUGGCGUUCAAGGCCAGUGUGAAACACCCGUUUGGCAAGCGUUCUCUGAUCGGAUUGUUGCGGCAGUAUGCGGAGAUGAUGAAGAACCGCCGCCACGUUUCGGUCGGUUUGAUUGGGUACCCGAAUGUGGGGAAGAGCAGUGUUAUCAACACGUUGCGGGGCAAGAAGGUGUGUACAUCAGCGCCGAUUCCGGGAGAGACCAAGGUGUGGCAGUAUGUGGACUUGACCAGCAAGGUCUACUUGAUUGACUGUCCGGGGAUCGUGGCGAACAACUCGGACGGCUCGGAGACAGACAAGGUUAUCAGGGGAGUGGUGCGGGCAGAGAAGCUGGACUCGCCCGAGGACUAUAUAGACCGCGUGAUUGAGCUGGUGGGCCGUGAGAAAAUCAACAAGUGCUACAAAAUUCCCGAGGAGCUCCAGGACUGGUCAUCGGCCAUCGAGUUUCUGGAGACGCUGGCCCGUCAGUGGGGCAAGCUGAUGAAGGGCGGCGAGCCGCACAUCGGCCCGGUCGCAAUUCGCCUGAUUCAGGACCUCCAGCGCGGCAAGCUGCCGUACUUCGUGCCGCCUGCCGGCGAAAAUGCGCCUGAAGGCGAAGCGGACGAGCUGCCCCAGGAACUGGGGUCGGACGAGGGUGAAGGGACUAGCUCGGACCAGGGUGAAAGCGAGGACGAAGGCGAAGAGGGCGCCUCGGAUGCUCAUGAGGCGGGAGCUACAGCUGAGGAUAAAGGGGCUGGUGAUGCUGAUGCGGCUGGUGAUGCUGAUGCGGCUGGUGAUGCUGAUGCGGCUGACGCCGAUGACGCCGAGGAGGAUGAGGGCAACUAG